AUGUUCAACCCCGCCUUGCUGACGGUGACUUGUUAUUUCUUCCUCAACUUGGUUGUGACCUUGACGAAUAAACAGCUUGUCUCUCUAAUCUCCUGCCCCUAUCUGCUCACGGCCUCACAUGCCUUUUGCACCUUCGUUUCCACAAAUGUCAUUGCAUUACUUCAACGGCAUGCUUCCGACGGCCAAUGCCAGACCAAGUCCACCUCUACCAACCUCAGCCUCCGCACCCACGCGAUCCUCGUCUGUUUCUCGCUCCUCUACAUCACCAAUAUCGCCGUCUCCAACCUCAGCCUCGGACUCGUCAGCCUCUCCCUCCACCAGACCAUCCGCGCCACGGCACCCGCCAUCACCGUCCUGCUCUGCGUCACUCUCCUGCGCCGGCCACUCACCUCAUACUCCACAUCGACCUACCUCAGCCUCAUCCCAACCACCAUCGGCGUCAUCCUCGCCACCACAUCGCCCCACCCUGACAAUACCACAUCCCCAGGUCCAAAGGCAUCCCUGUCAGGGAUCGCGCUCACAUUCCUCGGCGCAGUCCUCGCCGUCCUGAAGACAGUCCUUACAAAUACAUUGCAACGACGCGCCGGACGAUUGAGUGUGGACCUCCCCUCCACAACCCUCAUCCGCUACCUCUCACCCUACGCAGUGGCACAAGCCCUGCUUUUUGCCCUAUGGACAGGAGAAUUUCAACGCCUGCGGUCCAUCAUCAGCUCCCUGUUCACCACAUCCACCGAGGGACGAAUAUUAGCCACCGCGGCCACAAAUGUGCUCGCAGCCGCGACCCUGAACCUGGCAUCAUUCGAGGCGAACCGCCGUUGUGGGCCGCUCGCGAUGGCAGUCGCCGCGAACUUGAAGCAGGUAUUGAUUUUGCUGAUUGGACGACAUGUUGGUGGUGAUGGCUGGCGCGUUAUGACUGGCGCCCUCAUGACCAUCGUGGGUGGUGUGUGGUACUCUUUUGCGCAGAGGCAAACACAGAAGCCGAGUCCGGAUAACGGGGAAAUGGUAAUGGAGAAGCAUGGAUUGCAUUAUGUUGGGAGGGAGAGAUUAGGGGGAUUGUAG